GUACAUAAUAUAUUCUCCUGGUCUCUCUGGAUAGAUAGGAAACCUUCCACUAUGUUUCGUAGCUUCCUGUUUUUCUCUAGUAGAGGCCACUCGGCAUACUCAGCUUUACAUUCGGGACAGGGGCGGACUGACCAUUUGGAAACUCGGGCACUGCCCGAGGGCCCGGGGUCAAUAGGGGGCCCCAUGAGAUGCCCCUGGUACCUUUUUCAUAGGCUUUUUUGAGUUUGGGCAAGGACACAGGGGCCCCAUGAUCCCCUAUUGCCCGGGGGCCCCAUGAGUUGUCAGUCCGCCCCU